ACGGCUCCAUUCCAUACUAUUCUAAGUCGACUUAGAAUUAUAUUACUCCGAGAGAUAUGUUACCCCUGAGACUGAACUCCACAACUUGUGUGAAUAUGAGGGUCACCGGAUAUCCGGGUAACGAGCUAUUUAAUUUUUUCGACUUAUAAUAGACAAGGAUUUUCACACUUUUUCCAUUCUAUACUAUUGUAAGUCAACUUAGAAUUUUCUUGGGUGAAAAAAAGAUUCUUACCUUUAUUUAUAAGUUGACGUAAACUAGUAUUACCCGGAAAUUUUUGAACUAUUUUGAAAAAUUAGUAUUCUAAGUCGACAUAAAAUAGAAAAAAAUUUGAAAAUUCAAGACUUAGAAUAGUAUAGAAUGGAAAGUAUUUGUAUGAAGUGUAUUAUAUGUCUACUUAGAAUUAUAUGGUUAGGAAAUAUUGCACUGUUAUUUUUCAAAUUUUAUAUGGGAAAGUGUGCUAACUUCAGUGUGCUUGGAAAUUUGUGCAAUCUGUCAAAUGGGAUACAAAGUAAAUAAUUGUUGCGCUGCAUUAAGUACAUUUUAUUGUGUCUUCUGAAUAAAUAAGCCGCAAAUAAGCCGAAUAAACGCAAAACAUCAGGGACCAUAAAUCGCAUAUAAUGGCUACAAGAUUGAAUUCAUCAUCGUCUGAAUCACCAGACUCUGAGCCAGAACGUUUCCCAGAUGAUGGCAAAGAUGAUGAGUACAUAAUGGAAUCACUUUCCAGUAGUACCUUUUCAGUUAAUUCCGGUAGUGAGACGAUGAGUUCAGUGCAUUCAGUAGUAUGCUUGGUUAUUCAGGGAGCUUCCGAGGAAUAUCCAAUUGGAAUUGACACAAUUAUUGACACCUCUCCUGCAGCAGAGCAUUUGGAGGUCUUGCCAAAUAAUAUAGACAUUGGUAACUCCUCAUCUCAACCUGGAUAUUCGCCGUGCAACUUACCAAAUGAGAUAAUCAGAAGCAAUACACCACCGCACCCAGAACCAUCAAAUUCAUUACCAGCAACAGGAAUCAGUAACAUCUCAUCUUGCCCAAGCCAUUCAAAGGGCGUGCAAGAAACAAACAUCAGUAACUUGUUACCUCACCCAGGACACUCUAUGGACACACUGAAUGAAAUUGACGGCUCUCCAAAAGGCCGUAAGAGAAAACUACGCCCAUUGAAAUGGCAAAAAAAUAUUGCUAAAAUGGCGCGUAAUGCAGGGCAAGAAUAUACACGGUAUAAUAAAAGGUAUGAUGCGCGUGAAAUUGGGACUCCUUGUCCUCAGUCUUGCCGACUCAAGUGCAGUGAAAGAUUGACUGAGAAUGAUAGGCUGAAUAAUUUCAAAAAUUUCUACGCAUUGAAGGACAUAAAUUAUCAACGUCAAUUCCUGAGCAUACAUUGCACGGAAUUUUCAAAGCAGUCAACGAAACUUAUGUUCCAAGAGAGUCGUAGAAGGUACUCCAGAAUUUACAGACUGCCAAAUAUUGAUGGUGACUUAAUUAAGGUUUGCGCCACAAUGUUUAGGUCCACUUUAGCUAUAACCUCCCAAGUUGUUGAAACAGCACUGCAAAAAACGAAUUUAAUAACAAAGAUACUAGCACCAGACUACAGGGGUAAAUUUAAACGUAAUAUCUCUGAAGAAGACAAGGUUACAUCAGAUUCUGUGAGGAAGCAUAUUAACUCUAUUCCUAGACUACCAGCGCAUUACUGCAGACAGGAUUCAACGCGAGAAAUUAUUGAUGGCCGGCUCAAUGUUUCCAAAAUGCAUGGUCUGUACACGGAGUGGCUCAAUGAUCAGAAUGAGUCAUGCGCUCCUGCCUCUGAAAGAAAAUAUCGUGACAUUUUCAAUCAAGAAUUCAAUAUCUCCUUUCGAAAUCCUAAGAAGGACCAAUGUUAUGAAUGUGUCACAUACGAAAGCUUGAGCCCAGAAGAACAAAAAGAGAAAAAACAGAAGCACGAUGAGCAUCUAUUUAACAAGCAAAAAGCUAGAGAGUUAAAGAAAUGUGAUACGAAAUAUGCUGAGGAUCACCCAGAGACAUUGGUAGCUUGUUUUGACUUCCAAAAAUUUAUCACGAUCCCAAGUGCUCCAACAAGCACACUGUAUUACUCUAGAAAGCUAAAUGUGUUCAAUUUUACCUUAUUCGAUGUUGCCAAGAAGCUGGGCAAGUGUUACGUUUGGGAUGAAAGCAUCUCAGGACGAGGAGCAGAGGAAGUUGCCAGCUGUCUUUUUGAAUAUAUGAGGCAAGAGAUUGAAAAAGGUACGAAGCAUUUUAUUUUCUGGACGGAUAAUUGUCCUGCUCAGAAUAAAAAUAAAUGCUUGGCCGCAUUCUAUGGAUGGAUGUGUAAAACGUUCAAAAUUGACAUUACUCAUCGAUAUCUAGAGCGUGGUCAUACCCAGAAUGAAGCUGAUAGUGUUCAUGCUCUCAUUGAAAGGAAGACAAAAAAUCAGACAAUUUUUGUACCAAAUCAAUGGUACUCAUUAAUACGUAACGCAAAGAAAAAGGAAGCGCCGUAUGAAGUUGAAGAAAUGUGUAUGGAAGAUUUUCUAACAUUCAAAAUUCUCCUUGAAGGAGCGAACACAACCAAAAAUUCUAAGAAAGAAAAUGUUCCUUGGCUUAAAAUUCGUGAAAUUCAAGUCCAAAAAAGUAAUCCCUUUACUUUGUUGUAUAAAACCGACUUUGAGCAAGAAGCAAAUGAGAUAAAACUGUGUGAUGUCAGUUCAUACCAAAAACUUCGAAAGAGUAAAAAACCAAUGCCAAAACUGAUGACAUUGAAAACCAUUCCUCAAAUCCGACAAGGGAAGAAGCCAAUAUCUGCAGAAAAGCAUAAGGACCUUAUGAAUCUUGUCAAUAAAAGUGUAAUUCCAAAAGCGUAUUCAAACUUCUUCGCAGAUUUAGUUUUGGAAGAUGAUCUUAAAAAAGAAAUGGUGGAGAAAGAAUGCUUUAGUGAUGAAUAAUAUUCUGUAAUUAAAAAAUAUUUAUAAGCUUUGUUUAAAAUGAAUUGAAAUAAAAAAAAUAAACA